AUGGGUGUUAUCACAGGAAAGGCUUGUGUUUCCAAUGGAACAAGUUGCAUUGCCAAGGCUGCCUGCUCAACCUAUAAGACCAUCACAUCUUGCAACGGAGGUGGUUUGGAAAACAGCAAAUCAACUGUUUGUGCUUUCACUCCCACUGGAACUGAUAAGGUUAAUGGAACAUGCAAGACCUUCACAGCUUGUGCCGAUGCUACCAAAGAUAAAUUGGCUUGCACAACCAACCCAACAUGCAAAUGGACUGAAAACUCAACAGGAACAAAUUGUGCUAAUCACGCUUGUGAUACCUUUGCCACCGGAACUGAUUGUCAACCAAUUCCAAGUUUCGAUGGAACCUCAUCCACCGUUUGUGUUCUUUAAAGCGGAAAAUGCGCUGCUGCUGAUCCAGGAACCAUGACUGAUUCCAAGAUUUGCUACACUAAAUCAGCUUACACUUAUAGUUGGAACGCCGCUACUAAUAAAUGUGAAAGUUGCAUUUCAGGAUCUGUCAAUCCAAACAAUUCAAAUGGAACUAACAAUAACACAGAUAAUGGAACAACUACCACCGACAGUGCUUACAUCUUGUCAGUUAUUUCACUCGGUCUUUUGGGAUUAAUGGCAUGA